AUGUCCAACUACGGAAACGAAGAGCAAUCUGACAGUUACGGCGGACAAACUGAUACCUACGGUGAGAAACAGGCGAGUGGUUAUGGAGGUAGAGAUGAUGAUACUCAGUCUGGUGGAUAUCGCAGUACAGGAAGAGAUAAUACGAGCAGUGGUCUAGGUGGUGAUGAUAUUGAGUCGGGUGAUACUUAUGGUAGCACUAAUACCAGAAAGGAUGACACAAGCAGUGGCUUUGGUCAGGAUAAUACAUUGUCUGGUGAUAGCUAUGGUAGUACUUGGAAUGAGAACACGAGUGGCGGCUUGAACGAUGAUGGUGCCUCGGCUGGAGAUACUUACGGCAGCACCAGAAGCAAUGAUACGGCAAGUGGAUAUGGUCAAGAUAUUACCUCAUCUGGAGAUGCGUAUGGCAGUACUGGAACCGGCAAUACAAGAAGUGGCUUAAGUGACGACAACACUUCAUCCAGAGAUACAUACGGUAGCACUGGAAGAGACAAUACAUCAUCUGACGAUACAUAUGGCAGCACCAGAAAGGAUGACGCAAACAGCAGCUACAACGAUGAUGUCACAUCCUCAGGUGAUGUAUUUGGCUCUACCACUGGCACCGGAGGUGGUUCAUAUAAUAAUGACAAGAUUGAUGGAUUUGGAGGAGUGAAGGCUAGCUCUUCUGGAUACGGUGAUGAUGUUACUGCUGACUCUGACGUCUCAGGUGGAUAUGGUGGAGACAAGAGUGUUUCUCAAGGUUUGGGUGGAAGUGGUGAUAAUACUAUAUCUGGAGGCUAUGGUGAUGAUGACAACCAAACCUCCAGUGGUUAUGGAGCCGCCAAGUCUGGUUAUGGAGAGGGAGAUUAUGAUGACAAUGAUCAGUCAACCUCCAGUGGAUAUGGUGAUAAUGACCAGGGUAAGUCUGCAUUGAAGAAGGGCUUGGAGAAGGCCAAAGAAUUGUUCAAUAAGAACUGA